AUGGAUCUUAUUGUAUACUGCCUCGUUUGCGUUGACUAUGUCAAGGAAAAAAAAUGUGAUAUCAUUAAUGUAGAAUGGCCACAUCUACAAAAACGAUCAAUUGAUAAUGGAGUUUUGUUUUCACUGACUAUUUUCGGUAAACGAAUAGAUUUAAAUCUGAUACCAUCAAAAAAUUCAUUAGUGAGAUCUAACACUCCAGUUUACUUUUUGGAUACUGAGUAUGAUUUUUUGCGUCUUAAAGUCAAAACACAUGAGUUUAUUAAAGAACAUUGGCAAUUAUAUGAAGAUAUAAACGCCCUAACGUCGAUAUACGUCAAGACUUAUUCUGAUGGAUCAAAAAAAAUAGAAUUCGGUUACUUAGGAAAUGAACAUUUAACGAUUGAGUCGUUGCGACACAAUUUUGAUGACUCUAAUAAAAACUAUUAUUUGGCUCGAAGUUCUGACGAAACCAACGAAACUAUUAAGAUGUUCGAUAAAAAUUCAUCUCACGAAUAUGAACAUAAAAAUCUUCAAUCGAUUCCUGAUAAAGUAUAUCCAGAAUUAUUAUUAAUAAUCGAUUAUGGAGUAUACAUUAAAUACCAUGAAAAACAACAAUUAUUUCCUUAUUUAUCAACAUUUUGGAGUAUUGUUAAUAUGAUAUACCGACCAUUAAAAAAUCCAGAGUUUAAAAUAAGUUUCGCUGGUAUUAUGAUAGCUCAAGAUUCAAAAGUUAUUCAUCGUAUGAACAAAGAUAACUAUCAAUCCCAAGAAACAUCUAGGCUUAAUUACGAAAAAGUAUCUCUCAAUGUUUCUGAGUACUUGUAUAGUAAACAAAUAAUUAUUCCAAAAGAGAGUUUUGAUGUAUUUAUUAUAAUAACAACCAAAAAGUAUUCGGGAGAUAAUGAGGACUCUAUAACUUUGGGUUUAGCUGUAAAUGGAGGAGCGUGUAAAGAAAAUACGAAGAAGAAACAAUUAGAUCGAUCUAUAAUAUUCUGUGAAGGAAGUCAUAUCAAUGACAUAAAUAUAGCCACUCAUGAACUAGCUCACUCAUUCGGUGUCCAACAUGAUAAGGACAUAAGUAAUCAUUGUGUGAUUCAUAAUUCAGUUUUGUCGACAAAUUCAAAAAAACUCAAUAGAAAUUGGUCCAACUGUUCGACCAACACUUUAACACAAAAUUUAAGGAAUUCUAAAUUUUCAUGUCUAUACAAUAAACCAGAUGAUCGGAAAUCGUCACUCAAUUAUGAAUCAUUUGAUAAUGAUACUGACAACUCAAAUGGAAAAUGGUUAGAAUUUUAUAUGACAAUAAAUGAUGGAGAGAGAGCAUUUAUAAAUCGAAAUGAAUUUGUGCGUAAUUCGAUAAUUGAAGUAUCUUAUGCAAAUACAAAAACAAUAGUCAAACAAAUUGAUGUAUCCCACGAGAAUUCAUUUUCUGGAGCUAAAAGAAUAUACCCUGACUAUCGUCUUCAAAAAAUGGAGCUUGAUGAUAGGAAAAUAAUCAUUGAUCUCAGGAUUGUUAACCCAACUAAGAGUAUUAAUAUAUAUCAUAAAGAAGAAUAUAUAUUUGCUUAUCAAGACAAAGAACCCGUUAUGAUUUUAAAUGGUCAAAUAUUACCUCACUAUCAUACUUUGCCUCCUUUGUAUAUUGCAGCAGGAGAAGAUGAUGAAUUAAUUUUUAAGAUCAAUGAUUUUGAUGUUAAUCGAUUAGUUGCAGUUUAUUGGGAAAAUAAUACAUUAAUCGUUACUCAACUUAUUACAGAGGAUGAUGAUAUAAAUCAAAACAGACAUGAUUUAAUUGAUCUUAAUCUGAAAAGUGCUGUUUCUGAUAGUAUGAAAAGAAAAAUGUGGAAGAGUUUCUAUUUAUUGUACAAGUGUAAUAAAGACCGCAUUGAACGUCCACUUGAGCGCAAAAAGGAAAAAGUGAAAACUGUUCCUGAAAGUCACGCAAGUUUUUGGGAUUUGGUUCUGAGUGAUUUAAAAUGA